AUGAUGGCAAUGUCCGAUGCUGCUGCUGCUGCUGCCCCCCCCCUUUGGCCCCUGCCCACCGCAGCCCAGCCGCUUGCUGCAGCAGCAGACAGACCACGAGGUCUCCACGCAUUUAAGCAGCAGCAGCAGCAGCAGCAGUACGCGUACCACGCUGCGGACCCACCGCGCCAAGAGCAGCAGCAGCUGCUCCGCCUGCAGCAGCAGCAGCAGCAGCAACAGCGGCAGCUGCUGCAGCACCCCAGCAUCAAGGCAAUGCAGGAUCUGCUGCGCCAUGCGGCAGCAGCAGCAACAGACCCUCCUUCCACUGGUGCUGCUCGACAGGGGCCCCCGUGGGGCCCCCAGCUGGCCCCCCUAGGGGGCCCCCUGGGGGCCCCCCAGGGGGACCCCCUAGGGGGCCCCCUGGGAGCCCCCUUAGAGAGCCACUUGUACCCUUUGGAGGGGGCCCUCGAGGAGGGCGUGGGGCUGCUGCAGGCGGUGGGGGACAUUGAGCGCAGCAGCAGCCGCAGCAGCAGCAGCAGCAGCAGCAGCAGCUUGCUGCCGCUGAUAAUAGAAACUUCGAGUGAAGGCAGCAGCGAGUCGGAAGCAGAUGAGGACUGGGCGGAGUUGACUUUGGAGGGAUCGGAAGAUGGGGAUCGGGAUCCUGUUCGAUCCCAGCCCCCCUUUGCAGCCCAGCAGCAGCAGCAGCAGCAGCAGCAGCUGCAACAGCAGCACCAGCAGCAGCAGCGGGAAAUGCUUGCUGCUGCGGGCGCCUUCUUUCCCGCUGCAAGGGAUAGGCAAGGACGUGAGACAACCGCGGAGGUGAUGAGGGGCUAUGUGCGGGAGGACCAUUCUGCUGCCUCUGGCCCCUGGGAAGGCGCCACUCAGCAGCAACGAGCAGCAGCAGCAGCAGCACAGCAGCAGCAGCAGCAGCAGCAGCAAAGGAGCUUCUCGUUUAUGCGGGACCUAGCGACGGCGUUUAGUUCGCGUCUAUUGGGGGUGGUCGGCGGCAGUCGCGACAGAGACAAAGAUGCUGCUGCUGCUGCUGCUGCA